UCAAACAACAUGAGCAUUCACUUCUGUUAUGCUUGCUACUUUUGCUCUUUAGUUCUAAAAAUAGCUCGUUUGUCUGUUGUGUAGGAAGCUUUUUAUAUAACGGUUAGUUCUGACAUAGAGAUUAGAAAUCCCUGAAUCAGUUGUUUUCUUUUGGUAGUUAUCGACAUGAAAUUGCUAUUUUUGGCUUGUCUAAGUCCAAAAACAGGAAAUUGUACCACAGCCGAAAGGAUCAGGGUACACAUAGAAUCAGCGGGUCACCUUUGUGUUCUUCGAGAUAUAUUGGACUUCAAUUCUCCCGCUGACGUUGCAAGUUUGGUGACGGGGGAGCCGUCUUUUGAAGGGGCACUUGCCAUUCAUCUAUAUAAAGGAGGCAGACUUCUCCUUGGCAGUGAGGCCCCAUACGGGAUCAUCUUUGGAGGAACAGACCUCAACGAGGACAUGAAGGAUGAGAAGAAACGUGCGGUGAUGGAACAGGUGCUGAAGAAAGCAAGGUUUGCUGUUGCAUUCUCCUGCAAAAUGAAGGAAGAGGCUGAAGUCUUUUGGCUGUCCCAGAGCAGUAAAAUCUAUAUCCAGCCCCAAGGGAUCGAGACCCAGGCCGCCACGAGCUUCAGCUGGAGCGCCUUCCUGAAGAGCUCAGGGGUGAAUGGGGCAGAUGUGGAGGAUCUGCGUGUUUUCCUCCUGGUCUGUGGUCUUCGGAGAGUUAAGGACCCUCUAUACCUAGUGCAGGCAUUCUCAGAGUGGCACGCGGAGGAUCCCUCAGUCAUCCUGAUCAUCAUCGGACCAAAGAUCGAUCCUGUGUUCACUGGAGAGGUGGAAGUGAGUGUUGAAAGAACGAGGGGUGUCUACCUCGCCUCAGAAAGGAAUCAGGAGGAGCUUCAUGCUGCCCUGAAGAUGUGCUUUGCACUGGUCAACAGCUCUAUCUCAGAAGGGAUGUCGGCCGCCAUUUUGGAGGCCAUGCACCUGGGGGUUCCUGUGGUCGCCAGGGACAUUCCGGGGAACGCGGCGAUCGUGAGGCACGAGGACACAGGACUGCUCUUCAGCACCCCUCAGGAGUUUGUCACCGUGUCCAAGAGGCUGCUGGAAGACCGACCCUUACUGGAGCGCGUUGUGAGGAACGGGAAGCAGUACGCGGAGACGUUUCACAGCUUGGCAGAGGAAAGGAUCGUCUACCAGAAGCUGGUGGAGCUCCUUCAUUGAGCACAAAAAAAAAAAAAAAAAAAGUGUUUACCUUUUUUAGCGCAGCUCAUUUCAAGACUGAGCACUGCCUUGAACAGCAGGGGACAGGGGGCUGUUUACACACAAUUGAAGGGACAGUCCGAUGUUUACCAUGCUAUUUGCUCAGGAUAAGGAUUGCCCUAUCACAAAUAACUUGUAAAUGUGUUAUAUCAGGGAAGAGUCAUAAUGGACUAUACUAUAUCCCCAGACUAUUUAUACUGUAAAAUUCUAUUUCCAGAGUUUCUGAGAGCAUGUGCAGCUCUAACUUUCUAUUCUGUAAUUUAUAUUUUGUAAUAUACCACAGAAUAAAACAACUCUAUUUCUAAGACACUCAAAUGCAAGACAAUAUAAGAGUACUGAAAAGAAAAACAACUUGAUAUGAAAUAUGUAAACAAUUGAAUAAAUGUAUAUUAUGGUA